AUGAUUAAUCAAUAGGUGUUUGAAUAACUCAAUUCCAUUCUCUUUAAGCAGAAAUUCGAAAACCAAAUCAAAAAUAUGUACCCAACACAAAAGAACUUAGAAUUCAAGUUCAUAGUACUAAAAAAAAUUGAAACCUAAAUCACUAAGAAUUAAAAGAAAAUCACAAAGUAUUGGAUCGCAGAUGAGACUGGCAGUGCUUUCUUGAAUCUACAUGAUAUGGACGAGUCAGCCAUUUCUCCAGGAGAUGUGUGUGUGAUGGUUGGAGCAUAUACAAAUCUAUUUAAAGGAAUGAUGAAUAUUCAUCAAGGUAAGAAUGGAAUAUUCAAAAAAGUGAGUGAAUUCGAUCUUCAAUAUUCAACAUACCCUAAUCAUAGCUUGAAGAAUUGGGGUAAUGAUUAAUAAACCACUUAAAUUUGA